CACUGAGCCGCCCUGGCUUCCUGCGGUCUGUGUUUCUGCACUUGCUCCCGCAGCUUUGGCUUGCGCGAGCUGCAGUCUCGGACCCUGCGGGGCCGAGGUCGGAGCGUUCGGGUCCGCAGCGGGCGCACACGGCUGUGCAGGCCGGAGAGGCCGAGGGCCGGGUUGACAGGGGCGUCAAGACCCGGGCCCGGCGUGGCCUCCUAGGUGAGGCCUGAGGAUGCAGAUCCAGGCCUUGGGAGGGAGGCUGGACCUGACUCUAGUACUUCUCCAGACUUUUCCUUCAGCAGUGGAAGAUGAAUACAUCCUUGGGCCCACUGUCAUUCAAGGAUGUGGCUGUGGCCUUCACCCAGGAGGAGUGGCGGCAGCUGGGCUCUGAGGAGAAGACGACGUACAGGGAUGUGAUGCUGGAGAACUACAGCAACCUCGUCUCCGUGGGGUACCACAUUAUCAAACCGGAUGUUAUCAUCAAGCUGGAACAAGGAGAAGAGCCAUGGAUAGUAGAAGGAGCAUUCUCACCUCAGAGCUAUCCAGAUGAAAUCUGGCAAGCAAAUGACCUGAUGGAGAAAGCCCAGGGACAUGAAAAGAAGCAAUUGAGGUCAGCUGUGUUCAGCUACAAAAGCAUGGUGGAAAAGACAGGUGAUGUUACUAGUAAAGCCAUUACUGUAGAAACAACACUUGUUCCUUCAAGAACAGUCAUACCUACGUGUGACUCCUGUGAAAAGAGCUUAACAUGCAUCUCUGAAUUCAUUAGUAGUGAUGGAAGCUAUGCAAAAAUGAAACCCAAUGUAUGUGCUGGGUGUGGGAAAUCACUCCUCCACAUUAAGCCUGAGAAAACACAUCCAGGAGAUGAUUCUAACGAAUUUAGUCAGAAUGAAGAUGAUUACACUCUGAGUGAAGAAAAUAUUUAUCAGAAAAUUCAUAUUUUGGAGAAGCCCUUUGAAUAUGUUGAGUGCCAGGAAUCCUUCCCAAAGAACACAGUUUUUGUUAAUCCCAUGGAGGAGAAGCCCUAUGCUUGGAAUGAAUCUGAAAUAGCUUUGCUCCAGAUGUCAGAACUCAGUGCCCACCCAAGUUCUCACAUGGAGAUGAAACCCUACGAGUGCCAUGAAUGCGGGAAGUCCUUCUGUAAAAAGUCCAAAUUCGUUAUACAUCAGAGGACUCAUACUGGAGAGAAACCUUUUAAGUGUAAUCAGUGUGGGAAAUCCUUCUGCCAGAAGGGAACCCUCACUGUGCAUCAGAGGACCCACACAGGGGAGAAGCCCUAUGAAUGUAAUGAAUGCGGGAAGAACUUCUACCAGAAGUUACACCUUAUUCAGCACCAGAGAACGCACUCAGGAGAGAAGCCCUAUGAAUGUAACUACUGUGGGAAGUCCUUUUGCCAGAAGACACACCUCACCCAGCACCAGAGAACACAUUCAGGAGAGAGGCCCUAUGUUUGUCAUGACUGUGGAAAGACUUUCUCUCAGAAGUCAGCACUUAAUGAUCACCAGAAAAUCCACACAGGUGUCAAACUCUACAAGUGCAGCGAGUGUGGGAAAUGCUUCUGCCGCAAGUCUACGCUCACAACCCACAUGAGGACGCACACAGGAGAGAAGCCCUACGAGUGCAACGAAUGUGGGAAGUUCUUCUCUCGGUUGUCAUACCUCACUGUGCAUUACAGAACCCACUCGGGAGAGAAGCCCUAUGAGUGUACAGACUGCGGGAAGACCUUCUAUCUCAACUCUGCCCUCAUGCGGCAUCAGAGAGUGCACACGGGGGAGAAACCCUAUGAAUGUAAUGAGUGUGGGAAACUAUUCUCACAGUUGUCAUACCUCACUGUGCAUCACAGAACUCAUUCAGGAGUGAAGCCCUAUGAAUGUAGUGAGUGUGGGAAAACCUUCUACCAAAAUUCGGCCCUCUGUCGGCACCGGAGAAUUCAUAGAGGGGAGAAGCCCUAUGAAUGUUACAUAUGUGGCAAGUUCUUCUCUCAGAUGUCGUACCUCACCAUACAUCACAGAAUUCAUUCGGGAGAGAAACCCUAUGAAUGCAGUGAGUGUGGGAAAACCUUCUGCCAGAAUUCAGCCCUUAACAGACAUCAGCGAACACACACAGGAGAGAAAGCCUAUGAAUGUUACGAAUGUGGAAAAUGCUUUUCUCAGAUGUCGUAUCUCACUAUUCAUCACAGGAUUCAUUCAGGAGAGAAGCCCUUUGAGUGUAACGAAUGUGGGAAAGCCUUCUCUCGGAUGUCUUACCUCACUGUGCAUUACAGAACCCACUCAGGAGAGAAGCCCUAUGAAUGUACAGACUGCGGGAAGAAGUUCUAUCACAAGUCAGCCUUCAAUAGUCAUCAGAGAAUUCACAGAAGAGGGAAUGUGAAUGUAGUUGAUGUGGGAAGGCUCCUCUAAAGGCAGACUUCAGAUGACCAUCUCAGUGCUAGAAACUCCUGCCCGGAGUGGAGCCACAUUGUACAAUUGGCCCUCAGCACCCACCGGUUCCAUAUCCAAGGAUUCAGCCAACCAGAACUACUUGAGGAAAAGGUGUUAUCUGUAUGGGAUGUGUACAGACUUUUUUCUUGUUAUUCCCUAGGAGUACAAUAUAACAACUUUCUAUUGCAUUUAUAUGAUAUUAAAUAUUAUAAUCUAAAGAUGAGUUAAAGUACACGAGGAUUGUGUAAGCUGAACACAGACAGAGCAUUUCACAUAGGGAACUAAUGAACUGCAGACUUUGGUGUCCAGGUAGUCCUGGAACCACACUCCCACAUACCAAAGGACACUUCAGAGAGCCCACACAAAUGAGCAGGACAAGUCCAUGUGACAUAGAUUCAUCUGGAAAUUUACAGAGUAGAAACCACAAUUGUGAAAAGACCACAUAACAGGAGUAAAAAUGUAUACAUAUGUUUCAGUGUGACUUCAAACUGCUUAUCAGGGAUUGACUCAACUUAAGGAAUGUGGGAAGCACACUCCUUUGGAAACUGCUAAUAAUAAAGGAUAUUUUGUAAAAAUUAAAAGAAGAUAAUCUGCUAGAAAUAAGUACCCUCUAUCCUCUAUAAGUACAGGAUAUAAAACAAGUCUAGUUACACAAGUUUGCUGUGUUAAACUGGUAAACAGUUCCCUGGGAACACAGGACUUGGGGUUUCUUUUUCUUAUUUUAGUAACUAUCACAGAAAUCUUAUGUUCAGUUUUAAUCAAGCUUGGAAAAGGGUUGUAUCCUUAGUUUGUAACAUGGUAAGUUUAUCCAUUCUAACAAAGUUCACUAUCAUAUUAUUUUCUUAAUAUGCACUGUCACCACAGUAGUAUUUGAGAGUUACGAACUAUGUUUUUCUUAUUCCUUGGAUUUUAAAAUGCAUUUGGUCAUUGUCACAGGAUUAUAUCAUCUGUAAGAAGUCUUUUAUUGUUGUUUUCAACUAUAGCAAAGAAGACAGAAAUGUAUCUAUAACAUAGGAAACUCUGAAUAGACAAUUUUUAAUUAAGCCAGAAGUCUCCAAGGACUAGAAAUAGCUGUAGCACUUACUGUACUCUGUACAACUAAGAACUAUACUUAGAAUAUCCUCAUUUCCAUCUGCUGUUUGUUCACUUAUUUUUUUAUGUAGAUGCUUAGGUGUGUCGAGCACAGGGCUGUGUAGCACUGUCUGUGUGCUAGUGUUGUUAACGUUCCUUGCUCUACCAUCACUAGGUGAGAACACACAAAUAAGGAUUGUGACAGACAUCAUCUCUUGCCUUCUAGCACUCCCUCCUUGCUCUCUGCCUGUAGUCCUGAUAAGUUUUAUUGGUAGUGAUAGUCCUUUCUGGUUACGUUGGGCCCAUACGUAAAGUAUUGGGGGGGGGUCAUCAGAGGUCAUUCCUUGAAAGGGUUUCCUUAAAGAAGCAGAACCUUGGUGAACAUCACCUUGUCUGAGGUGGUGCCUGACAAUGACUCCCAACAAUGGAUACAGUGUAACCAUGACCAUUACAGAAAGUAGAAUAAACUGAGACCUGAUGUCACAGAGCCACUAAACCAGCAUGACUUGUAGCCACUCCAUGUCUGGACUGUGUUUUUUUCCCAAGAGACUAUUUGUUUCUAAGCCAGUUGGCUUAGGAAUAUUCUGCUGGUAACAACAAGACAAUCUACCUGGUGUAGCAUUACACUUUGUAGGAGUUAUGCAAUUCAGAAGUGGACUUUUGCUAAAUCAUUUAUUUUGAUGUGUCAAUAGAGAGAUUUAUUAUCUGUAAAUUUGUAUGUAAAUAAUCUGAGCACUGAAAAUGAACUUGAAACAAA